AUGCCGCCAUGCAGCACUACGGGGUGAAUGGCUACUCGCUGCAUGCCAUGAACUCACUGAGCGCCAUGUACAACCUGCACCAGCAGGCAGCCCAGCAGGCCCAGCAUGCCCCCGACUACCGGCCUUCGGUGCAUGCGCUUACAUUGGCUGAGCGCCUGGCUGACAUCAUCUUGGAGGCCCGUUAUGGUUCCCAGCACCGCAAACAACGUCGCAGCCGCACGGCUUUCACGGCUCAGCAGCUGGAGGCCCUGGAAAAGACCUUCCAGAAGACUCACUACCCAGAUGUGGUGAUGCGUGAGAGACUGGCCAUGUGCACCAACCUGCCUGAAGCCCGGGUGCAGGUGUGGUUCAAGAACCGCCGGGCCAAGUUCCGGAAGAAGCAGCGCAGCCUGCAGAAGGAACAACUCCAGAAGCAGAAGGAGGCUGAGGGCUCCCACGGGGAAGGCAAGACUGAGGCUCCCACUCCAGAUACCCAGCUGGACACUGACCAGCCCCCACGUCUGCCUGGCAGUGACCCCCCUGCUGAGCUUCACCUGAGUCUGUCUGAGCAGUCGGCCAGUGAAUCAGCUCCCGAGGAUCAGCCGGACCGUGAGGAGGAUCCUCGGGUAGGGGCUGAGGACCCCAAAGCUGAGAAGAGCCCUGGGGCUGAGAGCAAGGGGCUGGGCUGCAAGAGGGGCAGCCCCAAGGCAGAUUCCCCAGGCAGCCUGACCCUCCCUCCUGCGGCCCCAGGGGGUGGCCUCCUGGGCCCCUCCCACUCCUACUCCUCGUCCCCGCUGAGCCUCUUCCGUCUGCAGGAGCAAUUCCGUCAGCACAUGGCAGCCACCAACAACCUGGUGCACUACUCAUCCUUCGAAGUCGGGGGUCCCGCCCCUGCUGCUGCCGCAGCAGCUGCUGCCGCUGUGCCCUACCUGGGUGUCAACAUGGCCCCGCUGGGCUCACUGCACUGCCAGUCCUACUACCAGUCCCUGUCAGCAGCCGCUGCUGCCCACCAGGGUGUGUGGGGGUCCCCACUGCUGCCUGCACCCCCAGCGGGCCUGGCUCCUGCAACAGCUACCCUGAACAGUAAAACCACAAGCAUCGAGAACCUGCGGCUCCGGGCUAAGCAGCAUGCAGCCUCCCUGGGACUCGACACACUGCCCAACUGACUGUCUGGCCUCCAACCCAGCCAGGGGUCUUGGGUGUCCCCUCCUCACCCCGUGGUUAUCUCCAGGUGGCUCUCAAGGAGUUAACUCCAUGAGCCCAGGGAUCCUAGGGCCUGGUGUCCUAUUCCCUGCCCCGCUUUCCCAUACCCAGCCCGAAGUGAAGCCCACACUUACACACCCUCUGCAUGACCCUGCCUGGACCCACCCCCCAGGGAGCCGAAUGGGGAGGAGGUGAGAGGCUGGGGCGCCCAAGCUGUCCUCUGGGAAGUGAGAGGCUCUCCCUGGCUAGAUCCCUAUCUCAAUAGUGCCUCCUCCCUUUCCUCCCUCCCCUUUUGCCCCCCUAGUGAGUCUAUGUGUGGAAUGUGAGAUAUAAAUAUAAAUAUAUAAAGCUAUAUUUUCAGGCACCUGCCUGCCCCAGGCCCCUGCCCUGCCCCCAUCUCUUCUUCCCUCCCACCCUUGCCCUGCGGCCUCUGUGGCUCACUCUAGCCAUCCCUUCUCUUUCCGCUUCUCUCUCCUUCCUUCUUCCCUUGAUCUCCCUCUUCCGGUCUCUGUCCUGGUCCCUGCCCUCAUCUCCACCCAGCCUCUGUAUUCUCCACCCUUGAUCUUUCUCCCUGUCUCUCCCCGUGCCCUUGGUUUCUUCCUUUAGUGCUGGCUGUGUUGGUGUCGUCAAUUCUUAAGCUAUGUUUUGUUCGGGCUUGUGGCUGUUUUUGGGUUUUAGUAAUUUUGCUACUUCUCGUUCCACUCCUGUUCCCUCCCUUCUACCCUGCCUGCCUGUCUCCUCCCUGCACCCGCACCCUCUCUAGGCAGCUGUGCCUUUCCAUGCCCAAUAGAAGCAACAAGCCCCUAGCUGGAGACCCUGGGGAUCUGGAGCCGCACGUGGGAGGUGGCACUGGCUCCUACUCCCACCCUCGCCCAGGCUGGCGUCUAGAGGGUGUCAUGAAUUACUUUCUCUUAUCUCUUCUCAGUGUUGAGGUCUUCAUUUCCAAGACUGAGAAGGCAGCAGUCAGGCUGGGCAGGCAGUAGAAUGGCCAGCAUUCCUGCCUGUAAAUCCUCCAAAGACAGAGGCCUAGUGUCGGCGUUCAGCCAGGACUGACCACAGGGCUCUAGAGCUAAAUUUGGAGAAACUUCCCUAGUUGGAGUGUGGCAGCAGGGGAAGAGGUGCUCUCAGAGACACCAGGGCUGGUGUUCCUCUCCCAUAAGCCCAGCCUCCAUAUCCAGCAGGUACUGUCCAUGGCAGGGGUGUGGCUGACCAGCAAUGAAGGUUGAACUCUGCUCCCGCGCACAGUGCGUGUAAAGCAUACAGCAGAGCAUAGGCUUAGGCUUCUGUGGGCUUCCUGCCCCAGAGCCGGUUAUGGAGGUAAGGACUUCUCUCCAACUAGUCACUAGCAUGGAAAAGUGUGUUCCUGUUUAUAGCCAGGAAACCCAGAUUCAGCAAACUCCCUUUCAAAGCUGUGUGACUGACCAGGGGCGGUGGCUCAUGCCUGUAAUCCCGGCACUUUGGGAGACCGAGGCAGGCAGAUCACCUGAGGUCAGGAGAUCAAGACCAACCUGGCCAACAUGGUGAUACCCCAUCUCUACUAAUAAUAUAAAAAUUAGCCAGGUGUGGUGGCAUGUGCCUGUAAUCCUAGCUACUCGGGAGGCUGAAGAGGGAGGAUUGCUGGAACCUGGGAGGUGUAGGUUGCAGUGAGCCGAGAUCAUGCCAUCGCACUCCAGCCUGGGCAACAGAGUGAGAAUUCAUCUCAAAAAAAAAAAAAA